UGCCACCCUCAGGGACAGUCGUGGUCCCCCUGCCCCACCCUGCCCAUACCGCGCGGGGCCGAGGAGGAGCGCCCAGAGCCCGGAGCCCGCACAGGCGGGCGGAAGUCGAGGUGCGCGUCUUGGCUCCGGGUUCCUGGUUCCGGGCGCUUGGCUGGAGCGGCGGAGCUCGCGCUGGGCUCUGCGUCCGCGGGAGCUGCCCCGGCGGCUUGGGCCCCGCGGGAGACCCUGGAGGUGUUCAGGCAGCGGCAAAGGUGCAGGCUCAGAGGCUGACAGCCUCGGGGUGGAGAAGCUGGUCUGCCCAGGCCCAGGGGUCCCGCCAGUGCCCAGGCUCUGCUCACCCAGUUCCCAGCCAUGCGGUGCGGGAGACUGGGUCUGGGCUUGGGGUUCUGCCUGCUGGCAGGCGUGGGCCUCUGUAUCCUGUGGAUGUAUGUUGAGAACCUACUUCCGGUCUCCUAUGUCCCCUAUUACCUCCCCUGCCCAGAGAUCUUCAACAUGAAGCUGCAGUACAAGGGGGAGAAGCCAUUCCAGUCCCUGGCACAGUCACAGUACCCUCAGCCCAAGUUGCUGGAGCAGAGGCCCACGGAGCUGCUAACGCUCACACCCUGGUUGGCACCGAUUGUCUCAGAGGGAACCUUCAACCCGGAGCUUCUGCAGCACAUGUAUCAGCCGCUGAACCUGACCAUUGGGCUCACAGUGUUUGCUGUUGGGAAGUACACCUGCUUCGUCCAGCGCUUUCUGGAGUCUGCCGAGGAGUUCUUCAUGCAGGGUUACCAAGUGCACUACUACAUCUUCACCGAUAACCCUGUGGCCAUUCCCCACGUCCCCCUGAGCCCCAGCCGGCUCCUCAGUAUCAUCCCCAUCCAGGGUUACUCUCAUUGGGAGGAGAUCUCCACACGCAGGAUGGAGACUAUCAGCCAGCACAUUGCCACGAGGGCACACCGGGAAGUGGACUACCUCUUCUGCCUUGAUGUGGACAUGGUGUUCCGGAACCCCUGGGGCGCUGAGACCUUGGGGGACUUGGUGGCUGCCAUUCAUCCUGGCUACUAUGCUGUGUCCCGCCAGCAGUUCCCCUACGAGCGCAGGCAUGUUUCCACUGCCUUUGUGGCAGACAGCGAGGGGGACUUCUAUUAUGGUGGGGCGGUAUUUGGAGGUCGCGUGGCCAGUGUGUACGAGUUUACCAGGGGCUGCCACAUGGCCAUCCUAGCAGACAAGGCCAAUGGCAUCAUGGCAGCCUGGCAGGAAGAGAGCCACCUGAACCGCCGUUUCAUCUCACACAAGCCCUCCAAGGUGCUGUCUCCCGAGUAUAUCUGGGAUGAUAAGAAACCUCAGCCUCCCAGCCUGAAGCUGAUCCGCUUUUCCACACUGGAUAAAGAUACCUAUUGGUUGAGGAGCUGACAGCAAAGCAGGGGCUGCCAUGUGCUGGUACCCAAAAAACUACAGCCCAGUUAGCCCAGCAGUGCCAAAUUGCACCAGUGCCUCACUUCUCUGAGCCUUAGGUGGGGACCAGCCCUGCCCUGCCAUCCUCUCAGUGUGUCAGGAGAAUCCAACCAGGAAAUGAAUGUGAACAGGCCUUUGUAAACUGUAGAGGGUGGUGCACACAAGAGGAGAACACCAAGGCCACAAAGAAAUGAGGCACAAGUAUGGUUGGGCAGAAGGAGGGAAGACUAGAGGUUAAAGCAGACCUCCCAGAGCAGAGGUGUCUUCAGGGUGCAAGCUGCAGAGUUUAGGGGCAGUCUCCAGCCCUAAUCAAAGUGUCUGAAAUUCUACCUCGCUUCCUCUUUUUGCUGAACAUUGCCCUUAAAGUUGCACUUCUAACACCCUAGUAUGAAAGGCAUCCUGACCCCUUUCUCUGGCUGGAGGCAUCCAGAGAACUGGGAGGCAUCCAAGCCCCAUGUGGCCAGUUCCUCACAACCCAGAGCUUCUGCAGCCCCUGUAUCAGCUGCUAAACCUGACCACCCGGCUCACAGUGUUCGCUGUUGGGAAGUGAGUCUUGGGCAGUUGGUGGAGUGGUUCUUUCUGAGUCACAGACACUCAACAGACAGGACUUGGACAUGGGUCUCAUUUGGGGACCAUGCAGGCUCUGAACCAGGUGCUGGAAAGUAGCCUGUGAAAUAGGCAAGGUCCAGGCUUUCUCUGGUUUCAAGUCCCACCUGUACCCAAUGGCGAGCCGUACUCCCUAACACUAGCCACUGCUUCUGUUUGGGGGUCUUGGGCAGAUAAUCCCCCUAUCAUCUGUAAUAAAGGUGGCAUGCGUUAGGACCCUAAUCACGGCUUUGUCUACCUCACAUUUGAUUGUCCGCUCUGCCAGGGUCUGAAGACACAGGCAGCCUGGAUUUCAAAUGCAGUGAACUUGCAGUGGGGAUGAGGGUACAGUUAUUCCAGAAAACCUGGACUAAAGCCACUAUGGCAACAGUCAGUAGGAUUUAGUUCCAGUUGCCCCUAGGGGACUGGAUGAAGUAAGAACAUGAUGACUAUCUAUACUCUCAACUGAGUAAAACAGCAGAACCCAUUAGCUGGAGAGCCCCGCAGGCUUUUAUCUGGUUUGUGGCUCCAAAUAGUGGUGAGUGCCCAGGAUUAGCGAAGGUGGGCAAGGGGCCUCAUCAGCCUGGAAACGGAUUUCAGGGGCCCAUGGUGGUUCUUUCUGCCUGGCAGACUUCAGGGCUUGGGGGACAGCACUCCUGGGGACAGGAUCAUUGCUGGAAGGGGAAGGUGGAGGGUGGUGUUUCCAUGCUGUGUCCACACUGGGACUGGCAGGUGCCCACCCACCCACCUGUCUACCCUUGGUGAAGCUGGGGUCUAGUCCUGAGCCCACCUUUCCCUGUAACCUGUUGUUUAGCCAGUAAGUGGGGACACACGUCAAAUGUGUGGACAGAUGGAGUGACCAGUGUGGGGAUAGCCUGGCCUGGAGGGGAGGGGAGUCGGGGAAAGGACCUGGGGUCCUUUCUGAGUAGAGGGGCAAGGAGAGGGCAUUGAUUCAUGUAUCUGCAGCUGGGGAGAAACUUCUAGGGCUGUCUGGGCCUUCCCUGGGAGAUGGAGUGGCCUGCGAUAUAGGGACUUGUAGAAACUGUGGGACCUACCUUUAAGGAGCUUCCAGUAUGAAGCAGGGAGAGGCUCCUGGAUGUGGAGAACAGGGAAGGCCUCUGGAGGAGGGGGCCCUGGCAGCAACCACCUCCCUCCCAGCUAGACUUCGGGCCCAGACAUGUUAAGCUCAGUGGGUUCAGCCUAUUCCAGAUGCAGCAGAUGGGACCUUCUCAGACUUGGCCCAAGCCCCCAGGAACUAAUCCCUCCCCAAGGUGUGGCCCUCAGACAUUUGUUGAGUGAAUGAUGGAACUCAGCUGGAACCAAACCAGGAUCCAGGUCUCUUUCCAGAAGGGAGCUGAGGGGCUGGGGCAAGAGCUGCUCUGUGUAUGGGAAGAAGGGCCUGGAGGUGGGGUUGGGGGUCUGACAUUGCAGAGGGAGGCAGUGGUGGGUGUGCCUAGGGGCGGAGUCCAGCCCCUGCCCAGACAGGAUCAGUCUGAGCUUGGUGUAACUGCAACACCAAUCUUAUCUGGACAGAUCAAAGUUUUGUGGCCUCUGAAGCUUUUAAACUUUGGAAAGUACCUCUUUAAGAAUACAAAAUUUAAAAUACAAA